AUGGGUACCCCUGGUUUACAAGGCUCUGUUGGUGAACCUGGAUCUAAAGGUGACCGUGGUCUACCAGGACCAAUGGGACAACGUGGUGCUCCUGGACCAGUUGGAGAACCUGGAAGCCCUGGUGCUGGUGGUAUACCUGGUGAACAAGGAACUGAGGGACCUGAAGGAGCAAUUGGACCAAAGGGUCAACAAGGCUGGAAAGGUGUCAAGGGACAUCGUGGUGAAAUGGGAGAGAUGGGACCGGUUGGUAAUGCUGGACCUAAAGGAGAAAGAGGACCAAAAGGACCUGAAGGACCUAAAGGUGUUAAGGGAGAUAUGGGUAAACGAGGUCCUCAAGGUCCACAAGGUAUUGAUGGUUCACCUGGUCCUACUGGUCCAGUUGGUUCACCUGGUCCUAAAGGAGAACCUGUAAGUUGGUAUUGGAUAGAUGCUAAUCAAGGAUCCCAUAUGGAUGCUAUUAAAGUAUGGUGUAAUUUAACAGGAUCUCAAGAAACAUGUAUUUAUCCUAACCAAGAUUAUAGAAUGAUAAAAGAACAACAUUGGGAUAAAGUUGGCAAUAAAUUUAAAUGGUUUAGUGAUCUGAAAGGUGGAUUUAAAAUAAAAUAUGUUGAAAGACAUUUACUGAAAUUUUUACGAUUAGAAAGUGUAGAAGUUUAUCAGAAAUUUAAAUUCUUUUGUUCGGGUUCAGUGGCUUGGUUUGAUCAGGUUGCUAAAGGUCAUGAUCAUGCUCUUGUUUUACGUGGUGAAAAUGAUCAUCAAUUUAAAACUAAAGAUUUUAAAAUUAAACAGAUUAUUUAUGAUGGUUGUAGGGAUCGAAGACAAAAUGGCUACACAGAAUUCUACAUUAAAUCUAGGAAUUUAUACAGGCUUCCAAUUGUUGAUUUCUUACCUAAAGACUAUGGAAAUCCUUGGCAAAUGUUUGGAUUUGAAGUUGGGCCUGUUUGCUUUCGUUAA